GGUAGAGUCACAUGAAAAGGCAACGUAAAUGCCACGUUGGAGACGACGUAAGGAGUGGCCUACAUAAUACAUAUUACAAAUCAUAGUUUAUCCAGAACAACUCUCUGUUUAUACCAUUGCGGUUUCCUACUCCAUAUAUAAUACCGCCUUCAUUCAACCUAUUUCUUUCAUCUUCUCUGCUCCAUUCUAACCUCUGCGGAUAACUCUCUCACUAUAAUCCUUAAGAACCCGCUCUCUUGAUUCACCGUUCAUUUCAAGCUCCCCGGCGUUCUUCAACUCUACCCACACUCUAAUCUUGGAAACUCGUGAAUGGCAAUGGAACAUCAGGUCCAACGACAGGUUGCGCCAAUCCCCUUGAGCGAGAGGUGGAAAUCCCUCGCACCCGGGGCGGAUGAGUUGGAAAGCAAUCCAUCUGGAGGUUUCGACUGCAAUAUUUGCCUGGAUCUUGUGCAGGAUCCAGUGGUUACGAUCUGCGGCCAUCUCUACUGUUGGCCCUGCAUAUACAAAUGGAUGCAUUCCCAGAAUAACUGUGCUGAAGAUGGUGAUCACCAACACCCACAGUGCCCUGUUUGCAAGGCCGAAGUUUCAGAGAAGACCUUGAUUCCUCUCUAUGGCCGUGGCCUAACCACAAAGAAGGCUCCCAAUCUUGGCAUUGUGAUACCACAGAGGCCUCCAAGUCCAAGAUGGGGUGGUCAGGGUCAGGGUCAGGGUCAUGUCCUGAUACCGGCUGCAACCCCCAACGGUUCCCAAUAUCUCCAUCACCGAGGCUAUCCACAGAACGCUCCAUCGUACCAGCCUUAUCCUGGCAGUUACAGCGUCCCGCCCAUGCUUAACCUCAGUGGCACUGCAACUAAUGCACUGAACCAUCCAAUGAUUGGGAUGAUUGGGGAAAUGGUUUAUUCAGGGAUGUUUAGGAACUCGGGAUCGAACUUAUACACGUAUCCCAACUCUUAUCAUCUGGCUGCUGGUGGCUCUACUCCAAGGCAGAGAAGGCAAAUUCUGCAGGCUGAUAGAUCACUUGGCAGGCUGUGUUUUUUCCUUUGCUGUUGUGUAGUAUUAUGUCUUCUCUUGUUUUGAUCCCCCCCCCCCCCCCCCCUCCUGCUCUUAUCAUACCUGUAAAAAGCCCCCUAGUUGUUUAGUGAAUCAUGGGUACAAAGCUUCAGUCCUUGGUUCCCUCCAUCCAAUUAAAGAUUUCAUGUCUAAGCUUGUGUAGAGAAGGUGAAGAUGUGAUUACUAUGAUGUACCAAAAUUUUGAAAACUAAAAGGCAUCUGGUUUCUUCUCCACUGCAUAUGAGUGUAAUGGAUUUCUCUAUUUUAUU